AUGGACUCUAAUACCACUGGCAGUAUGCAGCUGCAGCAAGCAGAGUUCCAUGUUCCAGCUGAACAAAGCGCCCAGCAUGGUCAUCAUGAGCAGAAUCAGCACGAAGGAAUGGAGUCCACAUUUCCUUCGGAACUGACCAUGUGCUACGAAACACUGAGUGUCAAAGAUGCCGAUGAGAGAGCCGAUGGCCACGUGGAGCAGAGAGGAGAAUGCCAGGCUCGUAACGACAUGGCCAUGCCAGUUUUUGCUCUGGAAGCGGCCGUAGAGAAAGGUAAGGCUGUGUUCAGCGAGCUCCUCGGGGUUUUCAACCAGUCCCAUGUGUCGACUGGAGAUACGAAUUGGCGGGACGCUAUCAUCGUGAUUGGGGUGCUCGGGGUCACGGGCGCGGGCAAAUCAUCCCUUAUCAAUGAGAUCAUUGAUGAGGAGGGGAUGCUGGCGACGAACUGUAUGCGUGCGGCCAUGGCGGUUGCCACCGAGGUCGCUUAUAAUGAUGGCCCUCGGCGAUACAAAGCGGAAGCUUUUCAGUUUAUCCAGCCUAAUGAGUGGAAGAGAGAGCUGGAGAUCCUGCGCCAUGAGAUGCUGGACGAGAAUCCGGAUAUAAACGCCAUCAAGACUACCAGGGAGAAGAUCAACGCUGUGUACCCUGAACUGAAUAACGGGAAUCUCGCAGAUACCACGAUGGAUAGGCUGCUUGGCCAUCCGCGCCUCGCGAACCUGCUUGGAUCCUCGCUCUUCAUCGAGGAAGAUGACCCUCGGAUCUUUGCAGACAAGCUCAAGCCCUACAUUGACAGCAAUAGCGGAACAGCUCGAAAAGACGCAGGUCUCUUGCCGCUUAUCAAGACAGUCCGUCUGUACGUCAAAGCCCAGGCGCUAGCAACUGGCGCGGUCCUGGUGGAUCUUCCUGGCCUACGACUAUCUGAAGCGCUUGGGGCGCAAAUCAUGGAAAAGAGUGCCCAACGAGUGUCUGAAGAGCUAUUCAACAUAUUGGAAAAGACGGAGGGCAAAAUCACUCGUAUGAUCCGCGCAACCGUGAGAGAGUUGGCGCGCAAUUACCACACAGCGAUUGUUACACCACAGAUCAUCAAGCUCUCCGAGCAAGAGUUGAACUGA